AUGAUGGACAAGAAUAUAACUAUAGUUCUGGGUGAAAUCUCAGUUGUUGUUGGAGCAAUUAAAAAAAAAUCAAGGUGGAACACCCACACUCCCUUGAAUGAAGAGCAAGAUACUCUCCUUAAUAAAUUUAGACAUCUAAAUAGAGUACUGAAUAACAUUAAAGAGCUUUCUGAUAUUGAGCCCAUUGAGUUUCAUAGACCCUUUUUGGAAGUGAUAAAAUCUGAAGAAGUUACAGGACCUAUUACAGAACUGGCUCUUAAAUCUGUAAACAAGUUUCUGUAUUAUGGAUUAAUAGUUUCUAGUUGCAAAGGAGCAGCACAAGUGAUUAAUAAAGUGACUAAGGCUGUGACACAUGCCACUUUUGUUGGGACAGACCCAGCCAUUGAUGAGAUUGUUCUUAUGAAUAUUCUUCAGAUUUUGAAAACACUGCUGCUCAUUCCAGUUGGAGUCUAUCUCACCAAUGAAUCAGUAUGUGAUAUUAUAAAAUGUUGCUUCCAGAUGUGCUUUGACAUGAGUUUAAGUGCAUUACUGAGGAAGUCUUGUGAGCAAACAUUAGUAGACAUGGUGCGACAUCUUUUCUCAAGGUUGUCUUAUUUUGAAGAGCGAGAAGCCAGAAGCUGUUACAGAGCCAAGAAGGAUACGAUGGAAAAUCAAAGAAACAAGAAUGUCCAUUCAACUUCAGUGGAAUCGAUUCCAGAAUAUAAAGAACAACGAGGAUCAAUUAUGGGUCACUCGGAUAUAAUCUUUCCAGAUAAUGUGGGUGAUGUAAACCCCAGUGGAGUGGAAAGUAUCCAGUUAACACAGAGGGAAGGUUUAGCCUUACUCCCUUACGGACUUCCAUGCAUUCAGGAGCUAUUCCGUUUACUUGUGUCUUUGACUAAUCCCUAUGAUAUUCAUAAUUCUGAAGAAAAUAUACAAGUAAGCUUGCUGCUUCUGACAGUGGUGUUUGAAACUGCACAAAUAUCCAAACACAGAAUGUUGCUGGUCCUUGUUAAAGAUCAACUCUGCAGACAUCUUUUUCAACUUCUCACAGUAGAGCACUUCAAUCAUUUUGCUGCAACGAUUAGGUUAUGCUUUCUUCUCUUUGAAAAUAUGAGAGGACAUCUUAAAUUUCAAUUUGAGAUAUAUUUAAAAAAACUAAUGGACAACAUUGCUGCAGAAAAUACAAAAAUACCAUAUGAAAUGAAAGAGUUGAGUCUGGGUGCAGUGGUCGAGCUCUUGCAAAUUCCUAGCUUUGUACCAGAGCUUUACAUCAAUUAUGACUGUGAUUUCUAUUGCUCUGACUUGUUUGAAGAACUGAUCAAACUACUUUCCAAGAAUUCAUGUUCACUUUCUGGACAACUUUUUACUAUGAAUCUGCUUUCACUUGAAGCACUGGUAACCAUCAUUGAUACUUUAGAAGCCCAUUCACAUUCUACAAGUUUGCUAAAUGUGCAGAAGGAAGAUGAAAAAGAUGUCAGACUUCUUACAGAAUUAAACUGUAAUGUGAAUACACAGAUAUGCAAGAAACUGCUUCGAUUUUCCUCCUUUUUACCAACUUCCCAGGAAGUUUGUGACAUAAAAAACAAAAAAAAGCUUUUGAUUGAAGGUACAAAACUGUUUAAUCAAAAACCAAAAAAAGGAAUCCAGUUACUUCUAGAAUAUGGGUUACUAAACAGUCCAGUGAAUAACAAUGAGAUUGCUCUUUGGCUCAGAGAAAACCCAGGUCUAGAUAAAAAAAUGAUUGGAGAGUAUAUCAGUGACCGCAAAAAUGAGGACAUCCUUAAGUGCUUUGUUAGGACCUUUUCAUUCCAUGGCCUAAGAAUUGAUGAUGCCCUGCGGUUAUAUAUAGAAGCUUUUAGGCUUUCAGGAGAAGCCCCUGUUGUUCAAAGGUUGCUUGAAGCCUUUGCAGACAUCUGGAAUGAAGCAAAUGGAUUUCCUUUUGCAUCUAAUGAUGCUACUUUUUUACUUGCUUAUGCUGUCAUAAUGCUUAACACUGACCAGCACAAUCGCAAUGUUAGGAAGCAAAAUGUGCCAAUGACUGUGGAAGAAUUCAAAAAGAAUCUCAAAGGUGUAAAUGGGUCCCUGGAUUUUGAUCAGAAUAUGUUAGAAGACAUCUAUAAUGCUAUUAAGAAUAAUGAAAUAGUUAUGCCAGAUGAACAAUCUGGCCUUGUAAAGGAGAACUAUAUAUGGCAUGCUGUUCUGCACAGGGGAGCAACAGAAGAAGGGAUUUUCCUACAUGUUCCUCCAGGCUGUUGCAGUCUUGAUUUGUUCACCACAAUGUGGGUUCACACAGUUGCAGCACUCACCAGUGUCUUUGAUAAUAGUAUUUAUGAGUCUGUCACCCAGAAAACAAUGGAUGGAUUGCAGAAAUGUGCAUUAAUAUCAGUUUAUUAUGGCCUUAGUGAUGUGUUUGACAGUUUAAUAAUUUCCCUCAUCAAACUUACAACAAUUUGCAGCGAGUCUGUAGAUGAUCUGCCCAUUGUUUUUGGAAGUAAUGUUAAAGCCCAACUGGCUGCAAAGACCUUAUUUAAUUAUCUCAGCAAUCAUGGAAAUAUGCUCCGUAAAAGCUGGAAAAGCAUAAUUGAUACUCUGCUCUGUCUGUUUCGUGCAGAGCUACUUCCUACAGCUAUAGUAGAGUGAACUGAAGACUUUAUUGAACCUAAUGGAAAAUUCUCACUUCAAAGAGAAAAGACUCUUGCCAACAGGGAAGAAUCAUCAUUUUCAAAUUUUGUAAGCUGGCUACCACUAAUAAGUACUGAACAGUUUAGGUUAAGGGGCCGAGCUUCUGAAAACAACCAGACAAAGCAAACCGCUCUGGACUGCAUAAUGCAAUGUAAUCCUGAAAAUAUCAUAACUGAAAGUACUUUUCUACAACUGGAAUCACUCCUGGACCUAAUAAAGGUCCUUAAAUCUGUGACCCCAGAUGGUGGUACAUAUAAUGAAAAAGAUUCUGCUUUCUGUCUGGAAUUGCUGAUCCGUAUUGUACUUGAAAACAGCGAUAGAGUCUCGUGCUUCUGGCAGACAGUAAGAGACCACUUCUGUCAACUUUGUGUUAAUGCUACUGAAGAUUGCUUACUGGUAGAGCGUGCAGUUGUAGGUAUAUUAAGGCUUGCUAUUCGACUUCUAUGGAAAGAAGAAAUCAGAUCUGAGGUUUUAAUUUCAUUGAGAAUCUUUCUCUUGAUGAAAUCAAAUGUACUUCAUCAAGUAAGCCAGGAGAUUGCUUAUGGACUUCAUGAAUUAAUGAAGACCAAUGCAGUCCAUGUUCACUCCAAAGAUGACUGGUAUACAGUUUUCUCGCUUCUUGAGUUUAUUGGAGCAGGAGUCAAGCCAUCUCCUCCAUUUUAUGUAGUAACUGGUCCAGAUAUUGGUACAGGUAAACAGACAGAUUGCAUGAUCAUCUCAUACAAUACUAAUAAAAUCUUCCAUAACUUGGAGAUUGAUGCUGGCUUAGAAAAACAACUAAUUAUGUCUCAAUGGAAAAAUGACAUGGAUGUUGCAGACUGUAACCAGAUGAUGGUUGAAGCAGAUGAAAGUAAACCUUUUGCUUUGGGUUUUAAAACAAAAUCUGUCUUGGAUCAACUGUCUGUCGUAACUCUAUGGUCAGACCAAAGACUUCAGGAGAAAAAAUCAUUUCUCAAGUGUGUGGAGUCGCUGUCUUUAAUUGUACAAGAUGUUGUACAUGUAACACCUGAGAACUUUGAUCUCUGUAUCAAAACAUUAUGCAUUUUUGUAAAUGCCAGCCUAGUUGAGGGUUACAAAGUUACACCUAAAUUCCCUACAGCAUCAAGUAAGCAACCAUCACAGUGCCACAGAGAUGAUGAAGAGGAUAAGAGAAUUUCUGACAGCUAUGACAUGGCUUCAUUGCAGCUGUUGGAUCUGCUUUAUGUACUUCACACGCAUGCUGCCAAUAUCUAUUACUCCUGGGUGCAGACCACUGAUGGAAAUGCAAAGACUGACUCUUGGACCCUUUGGUCUAAAUGCUGGUGUCCCUUACUGCAAGGUAUUGCAUGGCUGUGUUGUGAUUCCAGACAGCGAAUUCGAAUGCAAGCCUUGACAUACUUACAGAGUGCUCUUCAGGUCUAUGACUUGCAAGCUCUAGAUGCCCAGGAAUGGGAGUCUUGCUUUUACAAAGUUCUGCUUCCGUUGCUUAAAAAACUGCUAGAAAAUAUUAGUCCAGGUGACAUUAGAGGAAUGGAUGAAACCAGAAUUAAAGCUUGCAAAUUACUCUGCAAGGUUUUUUUACAGCAGUUGUCCCCACUGGUAUCUUUAAAAACAUUUGGUACACUUUGGCUUACAAUCCUGGAAUUACUGGAUAAAUACAUGCAUGCAGGAUCCAGUGACAUGCUGUUGGAAUCCAUACCUGAAUUCCUCAAGAACUUGUUUCUCGUCUUGGACACAGCAGGGAUAUUCACCUAUGGGAGAUGACCAAGGUGGUCGCCAUGUUCAUUGAGCUUAAAUUUGGAUUGGACAAUGGAUGUCUGCCCUGGAAAAGAGUCCUGAAGCACUUCGGAGUUAAAAAAUAGGCCAGCUAAGCCACAACCCCUGACAACAGGUCUAGUGAGGCUGCAAAGGAUUUUCUUAUUUUAUUUUUAUACAUGUAAUACUUCUAUUAAUGUUCCACUGUUAUUUCAUAAUAAUGAACUUUUACUUGUUCUGAAUCUGAUUGACCACCAGCA